AUGGCUUCCGACAACACUACCGACCCCCCCAUCACCAUCACCGCCCGCUGCCUCUGCAAGGCCCACUCCGUCACCGCCUCCCUCCCAGCUUCCUCUCUCCCCCUCGAGGGCACCUACUGCCACUGCACCUCCUGCCGGCACAUGACGGGCGCGCUGCACUCCUCGAGCGUCAAGUGGCCCGGCGACCCGGCCGCCGUGCGCGCCCUGCGCCUCCGCGAGUACGACUUCUCGCCGCGCCUCAAGAUCCUCUUCUGCGGCGCCUGCGGGAGCCCCAUGUUCUGGGGCGACGGCGACGAGGCGCCGCAGCUGGAGCCCGGCGCGGCCAGCGGGAACGGCGAUGGUGGGUUCGAGGCGUUUAUGGGCGUGUUGUCGAAUAACGAUGUGCCGGGCGGCGGGGGGCUGCUCCGUGUGAAGGACCAUAUCUUUGUGGGCGAUACCGUUGACGGCGGUGCGGCGGUCUGGAUGCGCCAUCUGCUGGGCGACUCUUCUUCCUCCGGUGGCCCGAUCCCGUGCUACGCCGGAUGGCGCGACAAGAGCGAGCCCGUCGACCCGGCCGACAUGGCCGCGCAGGCACGGGCCUGUCACCCCAAGACGACGCCCCCCGAGUCCGUCCCCGUGCACUGCCGCUGCCGGGGCGUCGACCUCGUCCUGCGCCGCGGCGCCGCGGCCGCCGACUUCUCCGCCCUCAAGGACGCCUCGCAGCUGCCCUUCUUCGUCGAGCCGGCCACGCACAAGCUGCUCGCCAGCUUCGACGCCUGCGACUCGUGCCGCACCUCCUUUGGCACCGACGUCAUCAACUGGACCUUUGCGCUGCUCAAGCACAUUGACUUUGCCCCUUCCACCUCCACCUCCACAUCCACAUCCACAUCCACCUCUUCGUUCCCAGACUCCUCCCUCGACCUCAAGGCCGCCGUCUCCGUCCCCGCCGCGGACCGCGACCCCCGCCUCGGCACGCUGGCCUACUACGCCAGCUCCGACGACGUUCAGCGCUACUUUUGCUCCCGCUGCAGCGCGUCCGUCUUCUACGCCGUCGACGACCGGCCCGACAUGGUCGACCUCGCCGUCGGCCUGCUCGACGCCCCGGAGGGCGCCCGCGCCGAGAGCGUCCUCUCCUGGGCGCUCGGCGACAUGGGCUGGGCCGACGACAUGAAGGGUGGGUGGAGAGAGGAGCUCGGCGCCUCCAUCAAAAAGAAUGCCGAGGACUGGAGGAUCAAGAGCGGUAUCCCUGUCCCGUGGAUUCGCAAGCUGAGAGAGGAGCGAGAGGCGCAGAAAAAGGCAGCGGCGGAAGCAGCCCUCAUUGAAGGAAAGGCGUAA